AUGACGAGCCAAAUAUUUAGUCAAGGAAUUCAUUUGAUUGAAAAGUCCGAUUUUAGUCUGUUACGAUUGUACAUUGAACAGGAAGUUUCAAAUGCUAGCUUACAACAAUUGGUGGAAAAAAUCCAGAACUCGAACGACUCGGAAACAUGUUUCUAUCCGUUCGAUAUUCCUAUUCGAUUGGACAAAUGUUAUCAGAUAUCAGGUAAAGGUGGAUCGAUUUUCGUAUCGAACAAGAGAAUAUUUUGUGUAGAUUGCUUUACUGAGUUUAUUCUUCAUCAACAAAGACGAGCAACUAUCUUUGCACAACAAAUUAUCUAUAAGAAUGUGAAAAGUUUGUGUUGUCAUCCAAAUCAAAUCGCAAUUCGGUUUAUUUAUGAUAAACUACCACCACGACCAGAAUUUCGAGUGUUAUCCAACACUUCGCAAGCCGAUUUACUUUCUCGUUCGCAUCCCGUCCGUCUGAGUGGUACUAUCAUUGCAUCAAGUGCUGUUUUACCGUACAUACGUGGAUUAAAAUAUGUAUGUCAUAGUUCGCUGUGUCCUUUCAAUGAUCGAAAACGACAAACAUUCGUUUUGUUCGAUGUUGAACAUCCACAUGGUUGCAAAGUUGGAGAAACUAUUCUAUGUGAAGGUUGCGAUUUGUUUUUAAAUGAAGAUAUUAACAAACGUUGGAUUUCUGAGAAACUUCUUAUCGCAGUGAAAAUCAAAGAACCUAAAACACCCAUUCUUGCUUCUGGAUACAAUCUUGACAUGGAUUUUGUCUUAUCACACACAUAUACGAUCAUCGUUCGUGACGAAUAUGUUGCACGUAUACGUCUAGGUGGCAAAUAUAACUUCAUCUGCUAUGCUGUAAAUGAUUCUCAUUCGAAUAGAGUCAUGUUUGAAACAUUACAUUGUGAGUUGCUUCAACCGUGUCGUCUUUCACUACCUGAUUCUAUUCGUCAACUACAUUACACUUUUGCACAUCGUCAUUCAUUCAGUUUUCUCAAUCUUCUCUCGACACUUUUCUGUCCGCAUAUUCAAUUGGUCAAAUAUUGCACUCAUGUCAAAAUGGGUCUGAUAUUGAGUCUGGUUUCAUCAUCACUUCAUAUUCUUCUCGUCGGGAAUGAAAGUCGGGCAGCUGAUAUACUUUGUCAAACAGCACUGAAAUAUGCUGAACAUGGAAUUAUCCAUCGACAACAGUAUCCGCUAACAUUGGCAUCGAUUUCAAAAACGAAACAUCGAUCAUUUAUUGUUUCUGGUGAGUCCGUUCUGUAUUUUAUUGAUUACUUGUCAGGUAUUUCGUUGGCAGCCGGUUCAAUAGCGAUCGCUUCGGAUGGAAUCACUUAUUUGGGAAGUAUUGAUAGUUUAAGUAGAGCGCAAUUAAAACAACUUCAUUCUGCAUUCGAAACCAAAACACUUAGUAUUGAAGUGAACAAAAGCGAAGAAUCUUCAAAAAUUGUCUAUAGUGUGCCGUUUAACAGUAAUAUUUGGGCUUAUCAUGAUAGUCGUUUGUGGUUACAAGCUGAUCGAGUGACCGAACCAACAAAUGAUCUGUCACCAGCAAUAACAGAUGCGUUCAGUUUGGUGUUACCACUUGAUGAGAUCGAAUACGAAUACGAAGAAACAGUGGAUAAUUAUUUGGAUUCAAUAUUAACAAUGGACAAUCAACAAGAAACAAUGGACCAGCAAACUAGUCAAUGGAUCGAUGAUAUUCGUAGUUUUCUCACCUAUGCUCGAACGAUGGAAAUGCCAUUGAGUUACGAAGCUGAACAACUUCUAAAGAAAUACUUUUGCGCAUGUCGUCGAACUAAACGUACUCUUUUUUCCUAUACUGAACUUCCAGCAACGACUACUGAUGUCUUAACACAAGUAUGCGAAGCAAUUGCGAAGUGUAAUGCUCAUAUCGAAGCGACCGUUACGGAUAUGAUCCUUGCCAUCUAUCUCUUCGAAAUUUCCACAAUGACACGACUGGGUUGUGAGAAUCUCGUUAAAGAACAUUAUCGAUCACCGCCUGUGCUAACUGAUCCAAUGCUAAUCGAUGCAAUUGAACAACGUAUGGUUCUAUUUUCGCAAGAACUUACGAUCUUCUGUGAUGAAUAUACAUCGUCAACGAAUUUCGUCGGCGCGUUUUUGAAAAUGUCUGAGGACAAUCGUUCGGCUGUUUUUCUCCGCGAUUUUGAACCGUCCGCUGUUCGACUUAAACGUAAACUUCGUCUAAUUCUCAAUAAAAAUCUACGACAAGAAAAACUCGCUGAAAAGAAUGUAACUCUUCUUGAAUUCAUUGUCUAUUUAAUUUUACUCAUCAUUGCCACGACUAUUUCCACUACAUAUCACCUUUCCCAAGAUCUUUUCUACACUGAUAGGUGUAUACGACGGUUACUAGUAAAUAAACUUCAAUUAUACAAUGUCAAAACUGUCGAUGAACUUUGGCACUAUCUACUUCGGUUAAACGACGAAAUUUAUAAUACCAUUCUGAUUGUGAAUGAUACGCAAGGAAGUUCAAGUCCACAGAUUUUAUUGUCCAAUGAGAAUUUCAUUUUUGGUACUCCUCGUUUGCGUCAGUUGCGUGUGAACAAUUCAUUCUGUCAGCUCAUCGGAGAUCUCAGUAAACAACCAAUUCAUUGUCAUGCCCCAUAUCAUAAAUCAAAAGAAUAUCGAACAGAUUUCAAGACCUUCAAUGGACUCGAAUAUGUCUACACGUCACCGAACACCAUAUCUGCGUUUCAACUAAGGAAUAAAUAUGGUCCGUACGAUAUCGGUGGUUUUAUAUACCAGUUUCGACAAACAAAAGCGAUGAAUUUCGUAAAUCUGCAUAUUCUAAACAAAGGCGGAUGGCUCAGUGUCGAUACUCGAGCAGUUCUUCUCGAAUUCAUAUAUUUCAAUCCGAAUACAGAGUUAUUCACUUCAAUCAAUAUCCUUUUCGAGUUUCUCACCACUGGUCUGAUCGAAACGAAAGAUUUCUUCUAUACUAUACCCAUUAGCAGUUAUUUUAUUGGACGGAAAUCAUGGCUAGGUGUCUUUCAAAUCUUAUUCCUUCUAUACUACUUUCUCUUUACAUUUUAUUAUGUUGGUAGUAUUGCUAGAUAUCGCCUAUGGUUCGUCGUCUCUUCAUAUUGGAAUGUAUACGAUCUUGCUCUUCUGAUUCUUUCGACCAUAUCGAUUGCUUUUGAUAUUCGAUAUUUACUCAAUAUUGGCAGUGUUUUAACAUGUUUAUCGAAACCAAAAGAUGACAUUUACAAAGAAUUGGUUCCAUUUUUUGAAAUACAGCGAACUCGCUUGGAUUUGCAAGCAUAUCUAACAGCACUGAUUCUUGUACGUUUACUUCGGUUCCUACCACACUUUUCACAUUUGAUUUCCAACUUACUCAAUGUCUUUUAUAAAUCGAUUCGAAAUUCCGUCGGUUUUCUUCUCUUGUUCUUCAUCAUUUUCAUGUCAUUCGUCGUCUUUGCAACGUUUUAUUAUGGUGAUGAACUGUACGAAUUUCACACGUUUACACUAGCUGCAUAUACGCUCAUUCGGUGUACUCUAGGCCAAUUUGAAUACGAUCGUGCGUAUCGUGUUUCUCCGACUUGGACUCCCAUCUUCUACAUGUUAUAUGUCUGUAUCGUCUUUUUUGUCUUAAUCAAUCUGUUCAUUGCAGUCAUCAACGAAACUUAUGUGUUAGGAAAACAAGAACAAAAGCAGAUCGAAGAGGAUAUUCAGGAAGAAUAUACUGGAAGGAAAAAAGGUCAACGGUUAAAUACUUUUCGUCGGUCGAAACGACCAGUUCUUCAACUCGAAGUAAUUCUAAUAAUUAAUCAUCUUCUGAAACUGUUCUUCAAUAAAUCGAUUGAUCUGAAUGAUGCGCAAGCUGAUGAUGACGACGACGACAACGAUAAUGAUGAUGAUGAUGAUAACGAGAGCAUGUCUUUAGAAGAAAAACAGACAAUUAUUACGGGGAAACUACGAAAAAAUCUUCUGAAAGAAGGGUAUGGACAAGAUGUAAUUGAAAAGUUCUUUCAACGAGUGUUAGGCGAGAACGACGAGGAGAAUGGAGAUGAUAAUGACGAUUUUUCUAUAUUAAAAAUGGGAGAGAAUCAAGCUAUCAAAGUUCUUUAUGAUGAAUUCAAAAUAUUUAAUAAUCAAUAUGAAAAAUUAGCACAAGAUUGGCGAAAAACAGCGACAACCACACGAGAAUUAAUUCUCGCUGAUUCAAUCGAUGUUGAACAAGCAAUGUUAAUGAGAAAUCAUUUGAAUAAUCUUGAUCAGCGUUUCGAAAACUUGAAAACUAUCAUUCCGAACGUACUGAAGAGUAUUGUUGAUCUUUAUGUAAAUCGUUUAUCAACAAAUCAAAUAAAUAAAAAAGAAAAUUAA